UGUUCUUCUCCCCGCCUUCUCUUCUCUCUCGCAUCGUCGCCUCCCUUCCUCGACCCAUGUCACUCGGCUCCGCUCCUGCGGCUCCACCUCGUCGCGUGUCGCCGGUACGGAACUCCUUCCAUCGGCGGCGACCCCGCUCUCCUCUCGCUUCCCUCAUCACUCGCCCCCGCGCAGCUACCCCCUUCAAAAAAGCCGUCGCCGUCGCUGGAGUACAUGCCGACGGUAGCGCUGCUGCUUCUUCUUCUCCUCCUGCUGCUGUUAUAUCCACCAGAAACCACCUCUCCAACCUCGAGCGCCUCCUACAGAAGAAGCAAGCGCCUCCCCCGCCCCACCUAGUCGAGGUAGAACCGGAACCCCGCCGCCACUCGCCCUCUUCGUCAAUACACCAGACCCGCGGCCGCCUCCUCAAUGUCCUCAACCUCUCCUCUGCUGCCUUCCUCAACUCCUCUGACAAGAAGACCGAAGAGAUGUCCCCGCGCAGCCUCACCCGCCUUCACCGGCUGCUCUCCGACUCCACCCGCCCCUCCCCUCGCGGCACCAUCGGCCCACGUUGGCGCCAGUACCACGGCGCCGCCAACUGGGACGGCCUUCUCGAACCCCUCGACGUCCACCUCCGCCGGGAGCUUGUUCGAUAUGGUGAGCUCGUCCAGGCCACCUACCAUGCCUUCCACUCCAACCUUAUCGCCGCCCCGCCAGACCGCCCACGCCCCGUCGUCCUCCCUGACUGGUCCUACCGCGUUACUCGCAACCUGUUCGCAACCGCCUCCGUGGAGCUCCCCUCGUGGGUUCAAACCGUCGUCCCGUGGAUGAUGGCCGCCCAACGCACCAGCUGGAUCGGCUACGUCGCUGUCUGUGACAACGAACGGGAGAUACAGCGGAUGGGGCGCCGCGACAUCGUCAUCGCCCUUCGCGGCACCUCCACCUGCCUGGAGUGGGCUGAGAACCUCCGCACCGGGCUUGUCCCGGUCGAUGACGACGGCGAGGACGUCACGGACCCGCAAGGGGACGUGCCGAAGGUUGAAUGCGGGUUCCGGAGCCUCUACAAGACAGCUGGCCCCGACAUGCCGAGCCUGUCGUCGUCAGUGGUGGCGGAGGUGAGGAAGCUGACCGAGAAGUACGCAGGGGAGGAGAUAAGCAUCACGGUAGUGGGCCACAGCCUGGGCGCGGCGCUGGCGGUGCUGAUCGCGGACGAGCUGGCGGCGCGCGCGCCUCCGCACGUGCCGACGGCGGUGUUCUCCUUCGGCAGCCCGCGCGUGGGGAACCAGGCGUUCGCGGCCCGGGUGGAACGGCGGGGGGUGAAGGUGCUGCGGGUGGUGAACGCACGCGACCUGGUGACGCGCGUGCCGAUGGUACUGCCGUCGCGCACCGGCGGGUACGCGCACGUGGGGCGGGAGCUCCUGGUGGACUGCCGCAUGUCCCCCUACCUGCGGCCGGACGCCGACCCCGCCUGCUGCCACGACCUGGAGGCCUAUCUCCACCUGGUGGACGGCUUCAUGGCCACCAACAGCCCUUUCCGCUCGGACGCCAAGCGCGGCCUCGCCCGCCUGCUCACCCAACAGAGCUCCAACUUGAAGAAGCUGUACGUGAGCAAGGCCCGAGCCAUUCAGGUGCAGUCCACCCCGGGCUUUCCCCGGCGCCACUGUGGUCACACGUUACCUUCAACUCUGUCUAUAGAAAACCUGGAAGUACAAUGAUCGACAACUAUAUAUAUAUCCGAACCAUCAAUUGUACCAUACAAACAGUUCCAAUUCUUUUGACUAGCGAAGGUGAUUUCUGCAUUCAGCUGAUAAUAACAUUGUCCGACGG